AUGCCUAACAUCAUCCUCAUCCUUCGCGGCGUCCAGGCGCUUCUGGCCGUUGUUACUCUGGGGCUAAUCUCAUACUUUAACUAUCCACACGCAAUACUAACUCGUCGAACAUUAGUUAUUAACUGGGUCCGCGAAAGACUUGUAUUCGGAGGCCUCGACAGUGCCAACUUCUUACUUUUCGACAGUAUCUGGACACUCUUUAUCGCCCUACCGUUCAUUGUCUUCUCUCCCAAAUUCUUCCCAGCGCUUGCUCACCAGUAUGCGCUUCUCGGUGUUGAGGCAGCCACCGUUCUCUUCUGGUUCUCUGCCUUCAUUUCCCUGGCUGUCGAUACCAGUAAUAUUGGACAGUGUACUGUAUGCAGUGUUGUCAAGGCUGCUAUAGCUUUUGGUGCUUUCGAAUGGUGGGUGAUUCCCUCUAGAUAUCUAUAUCUCGACCUUAACUAG